UGAAAUUUUUAAAAAUAUGGGCGUGCAGGAUAUGACAGGUUUUACAUACGAAGCAGAUAUGAAAGACGGUCGAAAAGUGCAAAGUGUUAUGGUAUUUCUGGCCAAAAACAAUAAGACCUUUGACCACUGGAUGAUCCAAAGUUUAUCAACCCACGAAGUAACAAUUUACUUGAGCCUGUUCAGAAAUCACGAAGAAAAAAAAGGCGAUGCCGAUGGUCUGGUUAACUCCGAGAAGUUUCAAAAUAUCAUUCAAGCUUUAAGUUUAAACGACGAAGAGAAAAAAAGUUUGGCCGAUUAUUUCGAAGGUUACAGUGCAAUUAACUUCGUGGAGUUCUUAUAUGGCUUUUUGAAAGUAAAACCUCUAGGCAGAGGUCUAAACGUGAAACAGAUUGUAGAUCUGAACAAUAUUAAAGAUCACAAAAUAAAUGCCGAUUACAUUCAACCUGAUAAACUAACAGAGUUUAUUAAAGGGUUAUCUAUAGUUAAGGACCAGGAUGAGGAAUGGGUUUUUGAACGCUUUCAAACGGCUGCUUUUGAGCUGCAAGAGCUGAUGGUUUUUUCAGCAGAAUACAACCAAACGGACAAUGCAGAAGUUGAAACCGUCUGUAAUACCAUUGAGGUUAGACGAGUUUUAGCAACAUUGACGCGGUCGUGUGUGGACGCAACUCACGGGUUGGGGUUAAGUCAAUAA